AGUGAUUGAUGACCACAGCUGCAGAUUGACACCACCUGGGUCAGUUAGAGCUAAAACGGUGUAUAAAAGCAACAUGAAGACAACUUCUACUUAUGUCUCUGAAACCAGCUAAAAAUUAAGGACAUCAGGCUCAGCUGAAGAGCUGCUUCAAUAAUGGCAAAGGUCUUGAUUGUUUACGCCCACCAGAGCUCUGGCUCAUUCAACGCUGCAGCCAAAGAUCUUGCUGUGGAGGUUCUGACUGCUCAGGGCUGCACUGUAGAAGUCUCUGACCUGUAUGCCAUGGACUUUAAAGCUGCAGCUACAGUUGAUGACAUCAAAGGUUCUGUGAAAGAUGCUGACCACUUCUCUUACCUACGGGAGACUAAACUGGCCUUUGAGGAAGGAAGGCUGUCGGAGGACAUCACCAAGGAGCAUGCUAAAAUCAUUGAGGCAGAUCUGAUCAUCUUUCAGUUCCCCAUGUACUGGUUUGGUCUUCCUGCAAUCAUGAAGGGCUGGAUCGACAGGGUGCUCACAAAUGGCUUUGCCUUCUCAACAGAGAAGCUCUACAGCCAGGGAGUCUUCAAGGACAAGAAGACCAUGUUGUCCUUCACCACUGGGUCUCUUGAAUCCAUGUUCAGCCCAAUUGGCAUCAAUGGAGACAUGAAUGUCACCCUGUGGCCAAUCCAGAACGGCAUUUUGAACUACUGCGGCUUCCAGGUUCUGGCCCCUCAGAUCUUCUGGGCUCCCGCUCUAGCAGCUGCUGAAGAUCGUCAAGGCAUGCUGGAGGGCUGGCGUACACGACUGCAGGGCCUCCUGGAGGAGAAGCCCCUAUCCUUCAUCCCUCUGGACUCCUUUGACCAGAAGACCUUCCAGCUGAAGCCUGAUGUCCAUGAGCAACACGCCAGCAAGGAGUUUGGUCUGACUGUGGGCAUCCACAUGAACAAGCCUCUGCCCCCCCACAGCCAGAUGAAAGCUGGAUGCUGAAUUGUACUUGAAUAAAAGCUGGUUUAUUCUGA